AGAAGAAGCACCGCCUCCCAUCUGCCUACAAUCGCUUUAUGAGGGAGGAGAUUCAGAGAAUCAAAGCUGCCCAGCCUGACAUUCCACACCGUGAAGCUUUUAGCACUGCAGCAAAGAAUUGGGCUAAAUGCGAUCCUCGUGCCCUCUUCUAUUCAGCUACUACUGCUAGUGGCGCAAGGAGGCCGGCAACAACAGCCAUUCAGCUGGAGAAAAGAAGCGGAGUCCCAGUGGCCGAAAGCUUUGAUGUCUCCAAGAAUGGACAACAGCGUCGCAUGGAAUAAUAAACUACAACUUAUAUGUGCUUUCAGUCGUAUAUAUAUGACUUGGACUUUAUUAAUUUAUGUAUGUUUGAUGGAUCUAAUUAGACUUCUCUACAUUUGAUAUAGCAUGCAUGGGCAUUUUCUCAACAUAUAAUAUGCACGGGGCGUAUAU